CAUACAGGAGAGAAACCCUAUAAAUGUUUGGAGUGUGGAAAGAGUUUCAGACAGAAGCCACGCCUUACUUUGCACCAGAGAAUCCACACAGGUGAGAAACCAUAUCGGUGUUCAGUGUGUACAAAGCGUUUUACCUCUAGCUCAAACCUUCUCUCCCAUCAAAAAUUCCACCCAAGUGAGAAAUCAUGCAAAUGCUCGGAGUGUGGAAAGAACUUUCAUCAGAAAACUGACCUUGUGGCACAUCAAAAAAUUCACGGAGAAGAAAGCUCAUUGAAAUGCUUGGAGUGUGGAAGACAAUUUCAUCAGAAGUUCCAUCUGGCCAAACAUCAGCGAUUACACACAGAAGAAAGACCCUACAGAUGCUUGGCGUGUGGAAAGAGUUUCAGUAGGAACGCUUUACUUACUUCACAUAGAAGAGUUCACAGCGGGGCAAAACCGUAUAAAUGCCUGGAGUGUGGAAAGAGCUUUAGCCACACAACACACCUAAGUCGACAUAAAAAAAUCCACUCAGGAGAGAAGCCAUAUCUGUGCUUGGAAUGUCCCAAGACAUUCAACACUAGUGCAGGUCUCAUUUCUCAUAAGAGAAUUCACACGGGGGGGAAACCAUAUAUGUUUUUUGAGUGUGGAAAGGGUUUUAGUCAAAAAACACACCUUAUGACCCAUCGAAGAACCCACACUGGGGAGAAGCCGUAUAAAUGCUUUGAGUGUGCAAGGAGCUUCAGUCAGAGUUUGCAUCUUACUCUGCACCAGCGCAUUCACACGGGGGAAAAACCAUACCAAUGCUUUGAGUGUGAAAAGAGUUUCAGCAACAGGACGUACCUUAAUUGUCACGAAAGGACCCACACAGGGGAGAAACCCUAUACAUGCCUGGAGUGUGGAAGGAGCUUCAGUCAGAGUAUGAGCCUUCACAUCCAUAAGAAGAUUCACCGAGGGGUGAAACCGUACACUUGCUUUGAAUGUAGAAAAAGCUAUUCCUGUAAGAAAAACCUCACUUCUCAUCAGAAUCCACAGGGGAGAGAAACUUUAUCAGUCCUUGGAGUGAGAAAGAGCUCUGGAAGAAAUACACAUUUUGAAUCCCAUCAAAAGCUGCAUCUUGGAGCAGUCAAGAUAAAAUGAUCUAAACAUAAACUUCAAAAAAGUUCAGAA